AUAAAUAAAUGACAUCAUGUUUCAUGGUGAUAUUUAUUUGUUUUUUACACUAUUCACUUGUAACAUCUUGCGAAAUGUAUGGAAUUUUACAAUACAUGCCUUUUUAAAAGGACAUUUUCUCAAAAUGUGUUUUUUAUCAAACUCUAAACAAGAAAUCGCGGCUUUAGUAGCACUUACAUACACCAAACUUUAUUCCUAUCUGUAUUCUGAAGGUUUUUACAGAGGGAUUUGUUCAUAUAUCAUUCAUAGCCUGGUUUAAAGAACAUUUCAUUCCUAAAAACAUGGCUGUUGACAGUAUUCUCUAUGUAUCCAAAAUGUUCUCUGUAAUUAACAAUGACUAAUAUCUAGCAGUGUAUAUCAUGAGUCCUGAGCUGACGUGAGUGUCAUUGACAGAUUGAUGGUAUUUUGUAAACAUUGCACAAUGGGUGAACCGCUUUCAGGUCAGUUUGAAUGCAAAUUCUGAGCGCUUGUAUUUAUUAGAGAUGAAUGUGAUGACUGUGAUGACUGUGAUGACGCCCAGUGACACAAGCGCAACUUCCCGACAGCGGCUGGACGCGCCCCAGAGGAAGGAGGUCCGCGCCUGAAAACUUUCUGUCGCAAGUUCCAGUUUUUAAAUGCAUUUCGCCAUGUGUGCAACUAUGUGACUACAAUGUUUAAGAAGAGACCGUGACUUUAAACCGAAAUGGCAAACCAUGAGCGAAACAAAAAGGUGUUACUGGAACUCCUGAAGCGGCCGGUCAACAGCCGGUGCGCUGACUGCGGAGCUCCUGAUCCAGACUGGGCAUCCUACAAGCUGGGUGUGUUUUUGUGUCUGAACUGCUCUGGCAUCCAUCGCAGCCUGUCCAGCCGAGUCAAAUCCAUAAAGAUGGACUUUUGGGACGAUGAGCUGGUGGAGUUCAUGAAAUCCAAUGGCAAUGCCAGCACCCAGGCUUUGUACGAGAAAGCUGUUCCAGCGUACUACUAUCGGCCCCAGGAAAAUGACUCUGUUGUCUUAAGAGAGCAGUGGAUUCGGGCUAAAUAUGAAAGAAGGGAAUUCACAGGAGAAACCAAGUAUCCACCACUGUCCUACACCACAGGUUUCUAUGAAGGGAUGCUGUGGAAGAAAGGGAAAGAUAACACACAGUUUCUGAAGAGGAAGUUUGUACUGUCAGAGAGAGAAUUUACCCUGAUUUACUACAAUAAGGAAAAUGAGUCCAAAGGCCCUAAAGCUGUAAUCUCCAUCAAGGAUCUAAAUGCCACCUUUCAACCACAGAAGAUUGGUCAUCCCAAUGGGCUGCAGAUCACCUACCAAGACAACGAUCACACCAGGAACCUCUAUGUUUAUCACGAGAAUCCUGAGGAAAUAGUGACAUGGUACAACGCCAUUCGUGCUGCUCGUUAUGCGUACCUGAAGACAGCGUACCCGACUGGAAGCGAUGAAGAACUGAUACCAAAGAUAACAAGAAACUACCUCAAAGAGGGAUACAUGGAAAAGACAGGGCCAAUGCAAAAGGAGCCGUUCAAAAGGAGGUGGUUUGUUUUGGACUCUCAAAAUAGGAAGCUGUUCUACUUCAAAGACAAGCUGGAUGCAGAGGAGUUAGGGGUCAUUUUCAUCGGCACAGAGAACAAAGGUUACUCUGUGAAGGAGUGCGUCCCAAAGCAUGCUCAUGGAAACAAGUGGAAGUGUGGUGUCAUGGUGGUGACGCCCCAUCGACAGUUUCUCUUCAUGUGCGAGCAGGAGAGGGAGAAGAGGGAGUGGCUGGAUGCCCUCAGACAGGUCCUGUCUAGGCCCAUGGCACCACAGGAUUAUACCGUUGAAGCCAACAUCAAGUAUAAACGAUGAACUACAGGGAGGUGUGUCAACAGGAUGAUGGGGAGAAGACUGCAGCGUUUGAAAACACAAGUGACUGUGCAGUGACAGAGAUCUGCUGUCACUGCACUGUAUCCAUACUGACUCUCAUCUUUGUGUUGCAGUAAUGCACCAUGAACCAAGCCUGCCUGUGCUCUGUGCCACAGUGUGGAUUUUACAUUUCUAUCUACUCUCUUCAACUGACAAUGGAUCUGAUGCUCAAUCGGAGACUUCAGAAAAUACUGUAUUAUGACCAAACAUACACCCCUGACACGAGAUCAACACUGUUGUAUUGUAACAGGAGAUUAGUUACAAUCACUGCAUAUCAAGCUAGACCAAUAUCACUUGGGGGGGCCUGGCUGGGGCCAAGUGUUUUGUCAGAGGGGCACAUUCAACCCGAGGUACAUUCAACCCGGGACAAAAGAGGAAGCAGUGUUCAAGCCUUCAAUAUUUUUAGUUAAGUAUAAAUAACAGC